CACGUCUUGUCCCCCCGCCCCCCACCUUUCGCCCCUCACCCCACAUCCCCUCAUGCCAAAGACAGGGUUAAGAAAGUGCUACCGCGAAAUAGUUUUUUAAAAAACAUUUUCAUGCAUUUUAUGACUUGGAGUUUAUGUGAAACUUCAGCGGUGUUAGCCCAACAGCCCGCCGUACCUUCUGGGAGUCCCAGAGUGGGCCUACAACUCCCAGGGAGCUCAGCGAGCGCCGGGCUGACUGCGAUUCCCGAAAGGCAGCGCGGCUGGCGGGGCGGUUCGCGGCGGUGCCCGCAGGACCCCAGAGCGAGUGCGGGCUGCCCGGCGCGGCGCCCGCAGGACCCCGGCGGCUACCCAUGCCGAGGUGAGUCCGCGGGAGCCGCCGCUGCCGCCGUCCCGUCCCCGCCGCCGCCCCGUGGGGCCCCGCCGCCAGCCAGGAUGCUGGAGGAAGCGGGCGAGGUGCUGGAGAACAUGCUGAAGGCGUCGUGCCUGCCGCUUGGCUUCAUCGUCUUCCUGCCCGCCGUGCUGCUGCUGGUGGCGCCGCCGCUGCCCGCCGCCGACGCCGCGCACGAGUUCACCGUGUACCGCAUGCAGCAGUACGACCUGCAGGGCCAGCCCUACGGCACGCGGAACGCGGUGCUGAACACGGAGGCGCGCACGAUGGCCGCGGAGGUGCUGAGCCGCCGCUGCGUGCUCAUGAGGCUCCUGGACUUCUCCUACGAGCAGUACCAGAAGGCCCUGCGGCAGUCGGCCGGCGCCGUGGUCAUCAUCCUGCCCCGGGCCAUGGCCGCUGUGCCCCAGGAUGUCGUGCGGCAAUUCAUGGAGAUCGAGCCUGAGAUGCUGGCCAUGGAGACCAUUGUCCCCGUGUACUUCGCCGUGGAGGACGAGGCGCUGCUGUCCAUCUACGAGCAGACCCAGGCCGCCUCCGCCUCCCAGGGCUCCGCCUCUGCCGCUGAAGUGCUCCUGCGCACGGCCACCGCCAACGGUUUCCAGAUGGUCACCAGCGGGGUGCAGAGCAAGGCCGUGAGCGACUGGCUCAUCGCCAGCGUGGAGGGGCGGCUGACGGGACUGGGCGGAGAGGACCUUCCCACCAUCGUCAUCGUGGCCCACUACGACGCCUUCGGAGUGGCCCCAUGGCUGUCGCUGGGUGCGGACUCCAACGGGAGCGGCGUCUCUGUGCUGCUGGAGCUGGCUCGCCUCUUCUCCCGGCUCUAUACCUACAAGCGCACGCAUGCAGCGUAUAACCUCCUGUUCUUUGCUUCUGGAGGGGGCAAGUUUAACUACCAGGGAACCAAGCGCUGGCUGGAAGACAACCUGGACCACACAGACUCCAGCCUGCUCCAGGACAACGUGGCCUUCGUCCUGUGCCUGGACACCGUGGGCCGGGGCAGCAGCCUGCACCUCCACGUGUCCAAGCCGCCCCGGGAGGGCACCCUGCAGCACGCCUUCCUGCGGGAGCUGGAGACGGUGGCCGCGCACCAGUUUCCCGAGGUGCGGUUCUCCAUGGUGCACAAGCGGAUCAACCUGGCGGAGGACGUGCUGGCCUGGGAGCACGAGCGCUUCGCUAUCCGCCGGCUGCCUGCCUUCACCCUUUCCCACCUGGAGAGCCACCGCGAUGGCCAGCGCAGCAGCAUCAUGGACGUUCGGUCCCGGGUGGAUUCUAAGACCCUGACCCGGAAUACGAGGAUCAUUGCGGAGGCUCUGACUCGAGUCAUCUACAACCUGACGGAGAAGGGGACGCCCCCAGACAUGCCGGUGUUCACGGAGCAGAUGCAGAUCCAGCAGGAGCAGCUGGACUCGGUGAUGGACUGGCUCACCCACCAGCCCCGGGCCGCGCAGCUGGUGGACAAGGACAGCACGUUCCUCAGCACGCUGGAGCACCACCUGAGCCGCUACCUGAAGGAUGUCAAGCAGCACCACGUCAAGGCCGACAAGCGGGACCCAGAGUUUGUCUUCUACGACCAGCUGAAGCAAGUGAUGAAUGCAUACAGAGUCAAGCCAGCCGUCUUUGACCUGCUCCUGGCCGUUGGCAUCGCGGCCUACCUCGGCAUGGCCUACGCGGCUGUCCAGCACUUCAGCCUCCUCUACAAGACCGUCCAGAGGCUGCUCGUGAAGGCGAAGACGCAGUGACAUGGCCACCCCCGCAGCCGGAGCCCCUGCCGCUGCCUGGUCCGUGGGGCGGAGCACGAGUGAGUGGACGCCGCCCUCCUCUCCGGGCGGCCCCAGUGGGGACAGGGACCCUCCCCUCCCCCGCGGUGAUCGAAACACUGAAUUACAGAGCUUUUCCCUGUUGCUCUCCAAGACUGGGGGGGAUUCUUUCUUUUUUCCUUGUCUUUGAACUUCCUGGAGGAGAGCUUGGGAGAUGUCCCGGGGCCAGGCUACAGACUUGCGGACCAGCCCCUAGCCCCGGGAGCCGGCCGCCCUGGGUCCGGUGUAAGCACACGUGCACAAUCAGAGCGGAGACGCCGGGACCCCCGCCCGAUCUCGUGCUGCCUCCGCCCCUGCCUCCCGCCGAAAGGGGCCUGGAUGCAGGCGCCACCUGCCCCCUGCUCCGAAUCUGCCCCUGGACGCUCCUCCCGCUCCCCGAUGGUGGCGUGGACGUGGUUCUUUGUCACUGCUCCCUCUUUCCUGGAGAGGGCGGUGCCAGCGCCGGGGUUCCGGGAUUCCAGCCCCACUGGAGCCUUUUGUCCCUCGUGUGGUCUCAGUGACCCGUCCCCCCACAGUGGGCUCUCGGGGAGCUGCACUACCCGGCCUUUCCCUUUUCUGACAGUGGCGAGCAGACACCGUCGCGGAGAGCCUCUGCUCCAUGGGGGGCCGGCAGGGGCCCUGUCUCCCCCACCCCGACACUGCACACCCCCGGCCCCCGCCCUCCUCUCCUAGCCAGUCCCGGUGGCCCCCGUGCCUCCGAGGCCCCAGCCCAGCCCCCAGGGCCCUCACCUGCGUGGUGUGCCCCCCGCCAGCUGCCUGCCCUGAGCCUGAGCCGGUGCCUGUGGUUUGCUCCAGGCUUUGCCGUGGCCAGCCAGUUUCCGGGGAACUGCGUGCGGGUGGAGGUCCGGGAGGCAGGAGGUGGCCGGGGGAGGCCUGGUGGCUCCUCCCGUCACUCCCCAUCCUGGGCCUCAGUUUCCGCAUCUGUAGAAACAACGUGUUCUGGGGGUGCAUCCGAGCAUUUGCUGGGCAAGAGAUGACUCGGGACGUGGCCUCUGGGGCCGCCCUUCCUGGGGCUGGGAGAGGAGGUCCGGCCCCCUGGGAAGGCUGGGACGGAGCCUCAGCCCCGCAGGCCGGGCGCCUGGCGUGAGUGGAGGGGGAAGGAGGCCGCGCUGAGCUCAGGGAGACCCAGGCAUGUCCGUUCUUUAGCAAUACAACCCGCCCAGUGUGGGCUCGGGGCUUGAGUCCUGGCCUGGGCACCCAAGGCCGCCUCCCUUUCGUGGCCCAGGGAGGUGUUUGCUGUCUGAGGGGCCUGGGCCGGCCAUGGGAGCCCAAGGGUCUGUCCAGAUAGGACCCGGGGGUCUGGCUUUGCCUACCAGUUCUUCGGCUGGCACCUCUGCCCUCCAGAUCCUGUGGCCUGGCAGGGUGAGGGGACGACCACCCCUUUCCUCCUGGUUGGCAGGGCACCCCCUCUCCCCUGUCUGCCCCGCGGGUGGCCCGCCUCCUCCAGAGACUUGCCCAAAGGCCCGUCACCGCCGCCCCCUGAACACUCGCGCUGGGACUCGGACCCGGGCAGCUGCCACCUUGUCACCAUGAGGGAAUGUGGGGAGUGCUUGCGUGCUGGCCAGCGGGCCUGCGUGGGUGCCGCAGGGCCAGGCUCGCAGAGGGAGCGUCCUUCCUGGGCAGGACGCACUGACCGCCGUCUGGGGCGCAGGCUGGUGUGGGACGCAGCCGCCCGGUGAGAAAAUAAAGCCAUAUUGAAUGAUCA